AUGAAGUGGCUUUCGCUCGCCUUAUUCGCUUCAGCCGCAGUUGCGUCUCCUGUUGCGCCCCGAGAUGACCUCACCGUCUACUCGCUGAAAGUCUCAUCACGGACCGCCGGGCUCGAUGGAUCAUAUCUCGCCUGCAACGGUAGCACCGUCGGCGUCUACCAGGCGAAGCAGCCCGUGAAGGUGUACACGGUGCCCAGCGGGACCGGCCAGAAGGGCAUGUACGAGCUGCACACAUACCCCGUUGGCGUCGUCGACCACGCGCUGGGCCUCGUGGGCAACAACGGGGGGCUGCUGCAGUUGACGGACGUGACAAUGCCUGCCUCGACGACCUUUCCCGUUGGCACCACCUGCGACUGGACGUCCUUCAGCCUGGGCGGCUCCCGCGACCCAGACACCGAGGGCGACACGCUGCAGUACAACGGCGCCAAGGGCAAGUGGGUUGCGUUCCCGGGUGCCAGCGGCACCUGGAAGGUGACUUGGUUGACAGGAUCUGCCAUUGUUGUCCAGGACUAUAUCCCGAUCGACGUCGUCCUGGAGAAAUCUGAAUAG